AUGGGCGCCAACAAUGAUGAAAACCUUGAUGUUCAUGAUAUCUCUCAUGAGGUAGAUCACCAUUCAUCGACUGAGAAAAUAUGCUAUUCACGAUACAACUCGCCUUUUUGGCAGGUGGUUAUUGUAAGCUUCGUUGCUUUUGGUUGUCCUGGAAUGUAUAAUGCACUCUCCGGUAUUGGUGGUGGUGGUCAACUCGACACGACGACUUCGGCAAAGGGUCAUAUUGCUCUCUCAUCCGUCAGCGCAGCGGGAAAUCUGUUUGUUGGGCCAGUCCUCACCAACACCCUGGGUCCGAAAUGGACCAUCUUAAUCGGUGGUUUGCCUUAUGUGCUGUAUGCUGGGUCUCUGCUGGCGUAUACGCAUACCAACAACCAAGGGUUUGUUGUUGGUGCCAGCGCUCUGUUAGGUAUCGGGGCCUCGUUACUUUGGAUUUCGCAGGGUGCGAUCAUGACGGGCUACCCUUUACCUCAACACCAGGGUAGAAUGAUCGGUAUUUUUUGGAUUAUUUUCAACCUCGGUGCUUUCAUUGGAGACAUGAUUUCUUUUGGUCUCAACUUCAAUUCUACAUCCGGCACUGUGUCUGAUGGAACUUAUAUCGCUUUCAUGUGUAUCAUGGGUGCAGGUUGUCUCUGUGCCUUUGGUCUAUUGAAGCCAUACGAUGUGAUCCGUGAAGACAAGUCGCGUGCGGCAGUUGAGAGAAAGCCGAGGGUAUGGGCGGAGUUCGUUGCUACGCUAAAAGUCCUCAAGGAUUGGAGAGUCGUAUCACUUAUCCCAUUCUGGAUCACAGCAAACUAUGCCUAUAACUAUCAGCAAAAUACAUUCAAUGCGAAGCUGUUCACAAUUCGAACUCGCAGCUUCAACGGCGCAAUGUACUGGUUCGCCCAAAUGUUCUCCAGUUACAUCUUCGGUCUUUUCCUAGAUAACAAAUACAUGAACCGACGUCAGCGUGGUAUCUGGGGAUUUGUUAUCACAGCUAUCAUCUCCAUGAUUGUAUGGGCCGGCGGACUUGCCGCGCAACUGCGACGUGGACCAAAUAGCGAUUACUACCCACUCAACGAACUGGAUAUCGUUACAUCCGGCGGAAAGUAUGCAGGGCCAUUUCUACUUUACUUUUUCUACGGCACCUUCGACGCUAUUUGGCAAACCCUCGUAUACUGGACCAUCGGCUACCUAUCUCACGAGUCUCCAGAGCAAGCAGCACGGUAUGUGGGCGCAUUCAAGUGUAUGGAAGCCGUGGGAGGAGCUAUCGCGUCGAAGGUCAAUUCCGAUAAGACAAACUACAAUGUUGAGUUUGCGAUCGAUUGGUCCAUCGUUGUCUUUUCGCUUAUUUGGGUGAUACCGUUCGUCUGGAAGAUUGAGGAUGUCCCCGCACACGCUGGCCAAGAGACCGAAUACGUCAAAGAUGCGAAUGACCAGGGAGUCGAAGCUUGA